AUGGUUCUCCUAUAAAAUUAGUUUUUUCCUCAUCUUUCUCUAAAUAAAGGAGUUCAAAUCAGAUUAUUAGAAUCCUCUGCUACUUGUAAAUUUAAGAAUAUUUGCAAAUUGAAUUUUUAAAGGAAAUUUAAUCCUGUAUACGCUAAUGUGUUAAAAAUUUUGUUUUAUUUACUACAUAAAAAUUAAAUUGUUGAAUUAAAAGAUAAUUUGAUGAAAAAAAAGACACAGAAUAUCUAGAUAUGUAAUAAUUAUGAAUGCGAAUUUUAUUUUAUUUUAAAUGAUGUAUUAUCUAAAAGAGAUUAUAUCUGUAAUCUUUGCUUAAAAAACUAUGAGUUUAAAAUUAUGAAUAUUUUAUAAAAAUAAUAUUGA